AUGAGCGCCGUCCGGUAUAUGCUAGAUCGGGAACAUGACAGGCUGCCGACAAAGGAAGGUGAUUCGAACAUUUACGUCCUUGGCGAGCUUCAUGGCCAUGACUUAGUGCUUGCGUGUCUCCCCGGGAGUCAAGGAAAAGGCGCUGCAGCGACCGUCGCCACAAACAUGGCCCGCACCUUCCCAUCCAUCAGCUGGUGGUUUUUCGUCGGCAUUGGCGGAGGGGUUCCUAGCAAAAAGCACGACAUCCGCCUGGGUGACGUGGUAGUAAGCAUGCCCGAGGGGCAGUAUGGCGGCGUCGUCCAGUACGACUUAGGGAAGGAGACGGAUGGAGGUUUCGUCCGCAAGGGCUUCCUCUCGCCGCCACCGCCCCUGUUGAGGAGCGCCGUAGUGAGAAUGAGGUCAGAUCACCGUCGGAGCGAAAACAAAGCCGACAAGUUCCUAUCGGCCAUGUUGCAAAAGGGACGUCGCCUAUCCGUCUAUCAGCGGCCAUCUUGGAGCCUUGAUAUCCUAUUCGACCCAGGCUAUUCUCACGACCCUUUAAAUACUAUAUGUGAAUCAUGUGAUCAACAACAACGCGUUCAUAGAACGCCUCGUGAGCUUGAGGGACCCGAAAUACACUACGGACUUAUUGCUUCUGGUGAUCGGGUAGUAGAGAGUACCCUAAAGAGGGACGAGAUUAUUCGCGACGUCGGCGACAUACUCUGCUUCGAGAUGGAGGCGGCAGGGCUGAUGUCAGAGUUUCCCUGCAUCGUCAUUCGUGGCAUCUCUGACUAUGCUGACUCUCACAAGAAUGAAGACUGGAAGCACUAUGCGGCCGCAACUGCAGCUGCUUGCACCAAGGAGCUUCUCACCUACAUAGAUCCGAAGGUGCCCCCCGGCAUGUCGGCAUCUUCUGCGGACACUUCGUCGAAUCACGGCAGCGGGUCCUCCAGCCAUUUUUCCACGGCAAGAGGAUCUCAGACUCGGGGUCAUUUUCCCUUGUAA